UUUGUGGAGGACAACUCUUUGUGCUCGGUAACUUUAUUAAUCAUAUUGAGGUUAGGGUGAUGAAGGAUUACAACGUGAUGGAUUCUUGGGUGAAAGAGUUCUCAAUCGAACGAUGUGGUGGACUCUAUACCAAAUAUACGGAAUUUGAUGACACCAAACCGGUAUGCUAUUUAAAGAAUGGUGAAAUUAUACUCAAGAUUGAAUUCCUAGCAUUGUUCCUAUAUGAUCCCAGUAGAGGAAGUUAUAGGACUCUUGGGAUUCGUGGUGUACCAUAUAGGUUUGAAACAAUGAUUUGCGUUGGGAGUCUAGUUCCACUCGAUGCCAAAGAUGGAGCCGAACAAGCAGAAAUGGAGAAAAAGAAAAGGAAGCAGAGGUUGACAUUGCGAUUGGACGGUUAGCAACUAACUAAUUGAGAAUGGAAAAACAAAGGCGUGGGCUUACAUAGUAUAUCUCUUGGUAUCCCUUCUUUUGGAGUGCAUAAUCUGUUAACAGUACUUGGAAAUUGCUGAUGGUUCCCUUAUGUUUGUGGUUUGGAACAUAUUACAACUCCCUAUUUUCAGUCUUUUUGAUAAACACCUCAAAAAUAUCAUUACAAGAGUGGCGGGGGCCUAUCUUUUAUAUCUAUCUGUACUCACUUUCCUUCAGAUUUUUUUUUUUUGUUAACAUCAUCACUAUAUGCAUUGUUGCUGAAUAUUUCACUU